AUGUCUUCCUCAGCUAUCUUCAUCCUCGAUCUCAAAGGAAAGACCAUCAUCUCUCGUAACUAUCGUGGCGAUGUGGAUAUGGGCGUCAUCGAUCGCUUUCUUCCUCUGUUAAUGGACCGCGAAGAGGAUGGAUUAGCAUGCCCAGUGAUCUCAAGUCAAGAUGCUACUUUUGUCUAUAUCAAGCACAACAAU